GCAACUCGAACAAAACUCCGCCACCUACGGCCGCUACGAACGUCGUAGCUACGAACGCAGUGGCAGUUAAAAUUCCGCCAUUUUGGCCUUCCGACCCAGAGCUCUGGUUUGCACAAGUCGAAGCGCAAUUUUCGGUGAAGAAUAUGACAUCACAAGGUACCAAAUUCGCUCAUGUCGUCGCGGCUUUAUCGCCCGAAGCUGCCACUGAGGUUCGCGACCUGAUCCUUACGCCUCCUUCUACGAAUCCGUUCGACGUACUUAAAGCUACACUCACCGAGCGAGUGUCCCUUUCCAAGCGUCGAAAGAUCCAACAACUCUUACAGGCUGAAGA